AUGAUUGAUAGUUCUUCCAAACAAAUUUCCGUCACUUUGACAGAUUUUCUUCAGAGACAACGCGUUCUGCUGCACGGUUUUGAGCUGCGAUGCCUUCGAUACAUUCCCAAGAUAGUUUUCAUUAUUUGCGAAAAACUCAUAAAAAUUGCUGGAAAGGCGAGCAUUUUAAAGAUACGAGAAUGCGACCAUGAAGACGAUCUCAAUGAGUACAACUUUACUCGGCACUACCUCAGCAGUAGAAAGUGUAAAGAUGUUCAGUCAAAAGCUCACUCGGAAGAAAGUGAUUCGGAAAGUGAAGGCGAUGAAGAUUCAAAAGAUGACGAACAUGACUCGAUGGAAACGUUCGACCCCGACUACAAUCUACAGUAUAAAAUAGACAACUUUGAAGUGGACACGGAAAAGGAAAAUGAAGAAGAAAAGAAACUAAUCGAUUUGCUAGAUGAACCGAAUGGUGUAAAAGAAAUGGAUUUCCUCAAACCAGAAACUUUAGCCAGGCACCGACCUAGCUUUCAGGUACUACAACAGUCACUUCUGGAUAAUAUUGAGUGCACGGCGCCACCCGAGGUGAUCAUCACCGUACUGACUUGUGAGCCAAAAACGGACAAUGAUUUCAGCCAAACGAUAUACAACUACCAGAAAGCAAUCAACAACACACCCAACGGGUGGGAGAAGCUUUGCGAGGAAAGAGACCUGGAGACUCUUGUCACACUGCUUUGGACUUGGUUUGAAAACUUGGACAGUCCUAUCCUUAACACUGAAACACUUGGCCUAAUUGCUGAAACUAAAGAAGAUUUUGAGAAGUGCUUCUUUAGCAUGAACAUGGUGAGCUGGUGA